CGGCGGCUCCGGCGGAGCCCCCGAAGUUUGCGCUGCCGGCGGAGGCGGCUCCGGGCCCUCGUCCCGCCGCUUCCGGGGCUCCGCCGGGCGGAGCGGGCCGGGCCGGGCCGGCGGGCGGCCGGGGCAGGGGGCGGGAGCGGCCGCCGGCAGGGAGCCGAGCCGCGCCGAGCCGAGCCGAGCCGCGAUGAAGAAGCCGGACGGGAAGGUGGUGCUGCUGGGGGACAUGAACGUGGGCAAGACCUCCCUGCUGCACCGCUACAUGGAGCGGCGCUUCCAGGAGACGGUCAGCACCGUCGGCGGCGCCUUCUACUUGAAGCAGUGGGGUCCGUACAACAUCUCCAUCUGGGACACCGCAGGACGGGAGCAGUUCCAUGGCCUUGGGUCUAUGUACUGCAGAGGAGCAGCUGCUGUGAUCCUCACGUACGAUGUGAACAGCUUCCAAAGCCUGACAGAGCUGGAAGAAAGAUUCUUGGCACUGACAGACAGUGCAAGUGCUGACUGCAUUUUUGCUAUUGUUGGAAAUAAAGUUGACCUCAGUGAUGACUGUACAUUACCACCAGAUGAAAAUAGACCUGAGAAGUCUGUUGCCAGCUGUGGCUCGAAGGUGCGAAAACAAGUCCGUGCAGAGGAUGCGAUUGCACUCUACAAAAAGAUACUGAAAUACAAAAUGCUAGAUGAGAAGGAUGUUCCAGCAGCUGAGAAAAUGUGUUUUGAGACCAGUGCAAAAACAGGAUACAAGGUGGACUACCUCUUUGAAACUGUGUUUGAGAUGGUAGUCCCCAUAAUUGCACGGCAGAAAGCUGAGGGGCCACCGCAAACUGUAGACAUCACGGACUACAAGCCAGCAAAAAGGACAAAAUCAGGUUGUUGUGCCUGACCCGUUUAUGUGGCAUAAGAAAAGGGGAGGGAUUGUUCACUCCAGCAAAAUGAGGAGUAAGAAGUACUUGCAGCUCACCAGAAAGAAAAAGUCAAAGCAUAAAUAAAUAGACUAAAAUGGUGUAUCCAGCAAGAAACCAAAACCAACCCAACAAAAAAAAUCUUCUGACCAUUAAAAGCUUCUGGGAAGCUCUCUGUAUAAAAAUGGGAAUGCAAGUGAAAUUAUGGAGUAAGACUUGCCAAUUUCUAUGGGCUCUGAAGACAAAUGGUGUGUUAGUACAAUUGGUAGUGACAAUCAUUUGGACAGUUUUGAAGGAGUCUGACUUUUAGUGACUUGUCAUUUCAUGUUGCAUAUAAAUGAUCUGUUUGUGUACUCUUGACAACUUUCGUAUAAUUAUCAUUUUUCCCCUUAUGAUUCUAACUUUGGAAGAUUGAACACAUGGUACUUUUUUAUUCUUAAGAUUAAAAAUAGAAAAUCCAGGUAUAAUUUAUAUUUGUAGCUAAUAAGUCAAUUACAGUCUUUUUAUGUCAGACAUGACAGUGUACAAUUCAGAAACUGAACUAUUAAAAUCACUGUGGAUCUGUA